AUGUCCCAGCACCCUGCCACGUCCUGCAUGCGCAAGGCAGAGCUCCUUACAGAGCUGGCGCUAUGCGACGAGGACGGCACCCACAUGACGUGCGACAUGCUGCGGGCCAGGCUGCGCCAGAUCUACAAGGCAAUGCCAGUCGGUGGGGCACCCGUGCGCCACAAGAAGAAGGCCGAGCUUGUCGAGGAUGCGACUACCAUGGGCUGCGUCCUGACGGGCAAGGAGACGCGCGGCGACCUCCAGAUCCUGAUCACCGAGAAGCACGAGCAGUCCCUGGUGAUGGUCAAGGGCUCCGACAUGAUGCCGUUCGGUCGCCACCGGACGUUGACUAUCCAGGAGCUGCUGGAGAAGGAGCGGGAGUACGCCAGGUGGCUGGUGAGCCUGAGCAAUCCGCGCCUCAAGCGUCUCACCGACUGGCUGGUCAUGAAGGGGAUCAAGUCCGAGGACAUGAUGAACAAGUUCGAGCUGCCUCAGCCCAGGGUGAAGGGGGAGAAGCUCGAGAAGACGGAGGGCCCGUGGCUGCUGGUCAAGGAUCAGCCUCGUCAGCGUCCGACGGCAAAGCGCUCCAUGACGGAGGAGACCGCCGCGAUGGAGACGGGGAAGUCCAAGGAGGAGCAGAUCAUCGACCUGCUUGGGGACAUGAAGAUGGCCAUGAACGCGCUCACGACCAGGGUGCAGAAGGCUACCUGGCUGGCGGGGUGCCUGGACAAGAGUGCAACGCCAGCAUGGACGUUCCUGACCGGGGCUGCGAGAGUUCUCUUCAGUCGGAAGAGGUCCAAGCGCCUCAUCAGGAACUGCCUGAUCCUCGUCAUGGACCAGGUGGCGGACCGAGGUCAUGUACACUGGGAGUGGCCGAAGGACCUGCAGCCGUAUCGGUGGCCAGAGCUCCAGCAGGUCUUCAGGGAGUGCGACAUGCGUCCGGUGGUCUGCGAUGGCUGCAUGCUGGGCGUCAAAGCUCGUGACACUGGGUUGCCGAUGGUCAAACCCUGGGAGAUCUGGACCACUUCCGACCGCAUGUGCCAGAGGAUGGCUAUCAGGUGCGAUGGACGUCAUGAGCACAGUCCUUGUGUCGGCGGCGCCAGGACGGCGGCCACAGCGUACUACCCAGACGCAUUCGUCAAGAGGGCGGCCAGGGCCAUGCUGGAGGAGCCGAGGAUGGAGGAGACCUGCAACCUCGUGCGCGAGUUCGAGGCCGCGGACGAAGAGAUCGACACGGUCUACGCAGUGAACGCCUCGAAGACAGGGCUCGACUCUGACGAGCUUCGGAAGGUGGAGAUCGCGGCCGUGCGGGUCCACGCCGCAUGCGGACACUGUCCGUUCGUCCAGGUCGCUAGGUCGUUGGCGGCUCGAGGUGCUGAUAAGAGGAUCGUGGAGCACGUGAAAGGCAUGCGGUGCCCGGCCUGUGACGAGAGCCAAAAGCACGGACCUCCACGUCCAGUCGGUUCGGCGGAUGAGGUGCCGAAGAAGUGGGCCGUUUUGCAGAGCGACCUAGCCGAGUGGGAGGACCCGUGCAGCAACGAGAAGUUCAAGUUAGCGCUGUACCUUGACCAGGGUUCGAAGCUCGGAGUUGGACAUGUUCUGUUCAAGAUGGUCAAGAGUAAGAACGCGACCGCCGAGGAGUUGAAGGACUCGAUCUGGAGCCGGUGGAUCGCCUAUUUUGGCCGUCCGAGGAUAUUUCAGGUCGAUCCAGAGGGCGCCUGGAUGAGCAAGAUCAUCCGGGAGAACCUGGAGUCCAGCGGCAUUCAGAUGGACCCCAUCCCCGGGCAGGCGCACUGGCAGAUCGGCGGCAUCGAGCGGCUCAUCAGCCUCAUCAAGGAUCUGAUGACGGUCUUGGCACGCGAGUGCCCGGGAAGGUCAUGCGAGGAAUACCUGGCGCGCGCGAUGGCAGCCUAUAACGAGCUCGACCGGCACCGGGGCUUCUCACCGCUGCAGGUGGCACUUGGCCGAGCACCAGACCUCGACGGGUCAUUCAUGGAUGCGCCAGGUGAUCCAGCCAACCUUCCGGCGCUGGAGUCGGAGGCGGUCGACGCCGCGUUCGGGGAGAACUUCAAAUUCAUGCGACAGGCGCAGGAGGCGAUGCUGAGAUGGGUCUAUGCCGAACGUGCUCGCCGUGCCAGCCAUGCCAGAUCGCGGAAGCUGAAUGUAUACACUCCGGGUACGUUGGUGUACUAUUUCAGGAACCCGAAGAGCAGCUCCAUGACGGGCAGGUUCUACGGUCCGGCUCGAGUUCUGGCUACGGAGACGGUUCACAGGGACGGUGAAGUUCAACCUCGACCUCGUGUGUGGCUGAACGCGUGUGGCCGCCUCAUUCGCUGUGAUUCUUGUCAGCUCCGGGAUGCAUCUGAUCGAGAGGUGGCCGAGCACGAGAUCAUACAUGGUACCGAGAUGCCGUGGACGUUCAACAGCAUGAGCCAGGGUCUUAGAGCAGGUCAGUAUGAGGACCUCGCCGACGAUCCGCGCCUGAUCCCGAGCGACACGGAGUUUGUGGACGCAGGAGAUGCACCACCACUUCCGACGGUUUCGCCAGCGGCGGAGGAGCCUAAGAGACGUAUCAGCGGCAAGCGGGUACCGACGGAGCCUCACACAUCGUCCAAACAGCCGCGAGUCAGACCAUCGGCAGCGAGCUCAUCAGCUUCGGCCUCUCAGAGUCGGGCGCCGGAGACGGCUACGUUUUCGGCGACACCUGCAAGGCCGCCGAAUAAAUCUCGAACGACUCCAUCGAGACCCUCACCGUAUGACUGGGACGGUCUUCCACCAGCUGCGGCGGCUGGCGGAGAUCACUACGGCAAGGAGCGGUCGGACAGACAGAAGCGACGCGACCAGACCGAGGAGCAGGGCCUGACAGCGGAGGUCCAGCCGUUCGAGUGCUUCUGGAGCAGGGAGGACAACGCCAUCGAGGUGGAGAUCAGUCUUCCCGAGGGUGCGCGAGGCGGUUCUGCCGCGCGUGACCUGCCAGCGUUUGUGGCCACUCAACUGCGACGUCAGCGUGCGGAGGUUCGAGAGCGGACACUGUCGGCCGCAGACCUGGAGAAGUUCAAGGAGGCCAAGAUGAAGGAGGCGCAGGAGUGGAUCAAGGAGAUGGUCCUGGAAGGUCUACAGAGCCAUGUCACGGCUCCCAGCGACCGGCUGAUGCGCCUCAGAUGGGUCUUGACGUGGAAGAUCGAUCCCGCAGAAACCGGGGGUCGACGUGCGAAGGCGCGGCUGGUGAUCCUGGGCUGCCAGGACCCAGACCUCACCACCGAGGAGUCGUACGCGCCGACAGCGACUCGCACCGCCCGUCAGGUGUUUCUGCAGAAAGCGGCGAACCUGAAGAUGCGGGUGGCCAAGGGUGACGUGAAGUCCGCGUUCCUUCAGGGUGAGGAGCUCGACCGGGACCUGUUCGUCAAGCCCACCGGCGAGAUCGCGGAGAUGCUGGGACUGCGCUCUGGUCAGGCGGCCAUCCUGAAGAAGUCGGCGUACGGCCUGGUGCAGGCACCUCGAGCAUGGCACCAGGCAGUGAAUCGCAAGCUGAAGGAGCUGAGUUGGCGGCAACUCGAGUCCGAUCCAUGUGUGUGGGUCCUGACGAGUCCCUCGACAGCGGGAGGCCCUGACUAUAUCGUAGCCAUUGCUCUAUCUCAUGUGGAUGAUUUCUUGUUCGCCGGCCGCGAAGCGGACAAGGUCUGGCAGCAGGCAAGACGUCAGGUGAUGGAGGCGUUCAGAUGGACCGAGUGGGAGUACGACACGUUCACUCAGUGCGGCGUCGACAUCACUCAGAGGCCCGAUCUCGGUUUCACGCUGAGCCAGGCAACCUACACGGAGCAGAUCGAGGAGGUCGAGGUCCCAGCUGAACGACGGAAGCAACCCUCUGCGCCCGUGACGAACGCCGAGAAGAGCCAGUUCCGGGCUGCCACGGGGAGCCUGCAGUGGAAGGGCACCCAGACCGGGCCCGACAUCCUGGCAGAGUUGAGCCUGCUGCAGAGCAAGACGGAGUCAUGCACUGUGGACGACCUUCUGAAGGUCAACAAGCUGAUCAAGCGGGCCAAGGAGACUAAGAACAGCGAGCUGGCAGUUGUCGGCUGGGGCGACGCGGCGUUCGGCAACCGCGUGGACGGCAAGUCGACUGAGGGCCGCGUAGUCGGAAUCGUGCCGCUGUGCUUCCUGUCCGGCGAGGAGACAGGAGUUUCCCUGAUCAGUUGGAGGUCAGGCAAAAUCGAGCGCACGUGUCGGUCACCGGCAGCAGCAGAGGUUUCAGCCACAGUCAAUACCGAGGAUGAGGUCACGUAUGUGAGGUUUCUUCUGGCAGAACUCUCGGGAUGGAAACCCAAUCUCAGAGACCCAUGGGCCCAGGUUCGGAAAGUCCCAGGCUGCCUGAUGACCGACUCUAAGAACUUGUAUGAUCGUCUGCGCUGUCCAGAGAGGCUCAUGGGUGGCAAGGAGUUCCGGACUGGUCUUGAGCUGCUCGCUCUGAGGGACGGGAUAUUAGCGUGUGAAUGUCCUGUACGCUGGGUACACAGUGAUGCCAUGCUCGCCAACAGUCUCACAAAGGGCCACGAACGAUGGCAGCUAGAGUUUUUUUUCAGUAACAGGUGUAGGUGGCGUCUUGUUUACGAUCAGAUGUUUGAGUCGGCUAAGAAGCGUAAGAGUCUAGGCAUCCAGGCUCUAGAGAAUGUGACAUGUCUCGAUUUUAGGCCAGAUCUCUGGGGUGAUGUGGCAACUCCCGCUGGCAAGUGA